AUGGGAUGUAAUGUUCAGAAAUCUAAAAGUUAAUCAAAUAAACUUUGUCAAGCUCCUCAAGAAAUCCUAGAAAGUGCUAGAAUUGCUAAUGAAUAAGAUGGCCUGACACAUGGAUAAAAGAGUGAUAUUAAGGAAUCAGAAAAUUUAGUAUCUCAAUAAUAAUAAGUGCAAAUCGGUAGAAGACUUAAACACAUGGCCAGCAGCGAUGAGCUUAAUAAGUUUAUUAAUAAAAAACACAGCAAUCCCUAAAGCCACUUUGGGUAUAUCAAAAACUCCCCUGAAUAAAGAAGAAAACAGUCUUUGAUGAACAGCCCAAAACUAUGA